AUGAUGACCAUGAACGGCAAGCAGCAUUUCUCCAUGCAUCCGGCUCUGCACGAGCCCAAGUAUCCCGGCCUGCAUUCAGGCUCGGAGGGCAUGCGCAGAGUCUGUCUGCCCGCCCCGCAGCUGCAGGGCAAUAUAUUCGGAGGCUUUGAUGAGAGCCUGCUGGCACGGGCAGAGGCUCUGGCGGCUGCUGACAGCAUUGUCUCUCACGGCAAGAGUCACCCGUUCAAACCAGACGUGACUUACCAUACCAUGAGCAGUGUCCCCUGCACCUCAGCCUCCUCUUCUUCCUCCACCACCGUGCCCAUCUCCCACGUCCCCUCCACCAUCGCCUCUCACCACCACCACCACCACCACCACCUCGGGCAGACCCUGGAGGCCGGAGACCUCCUGGAUCACCUCUCCACCAGCCUGGCCGUGACCGGGAUGGGCGCUCCGGAGCCUCCCGGGAUGACCACGACGGCGCACCACCACCAGCACCCUCACCACCACCUGCAGACCAUGGGGCAGCUGCACCAGGCGAUGGCCAACAUGGCCCACCCCCACUCUCUGUCUGUGCACGGCGGCAUGGCAUGCGUCAACGACGUGGAGUCGGAUCCCAGGGAGCUGGAAGCCUUCGCCGAGAGGUUCAAGCAGAGGAGGAUCAAACUCGGAGUGACCCAGGCGGACGUCGGGUCUGCGCUGGCCAACCUCAAGAUCCCCGGAGUGGGGUCCUUAAGCCAGAGCACCAUCUGCAGGUUCGAGUCCCUCACCUUGUCCCACAACAACAUGAUAGCGCUCAAGCCGGUUCUCCAGGCCUGGCUGGAGGAAGCAGAGGCUGCGUACCGGGAGAAAAGCAGCAAGCCGGACCUUUUCAACGGGAACGAGAGGAAAAGAAAGCGCACCUCCAUCGCCGCGCCGGAGAAGCGCUCUUUGGAGGCUUACUUUGCCAUCCAGCCGCGGCCCUCCUCGGAAAAAAUUGCGGCCAUCGCCGAAAAACUGGACCUGAAAAAGAAUGUGGUUCGAGUGUGGUUUUGCAACCAGCGGCAAAAACAGAAACGAAUGAAAUACUCUGCGGUGCACUGA